CUUUUAUUUUCCCGUUCCGAUCGGUUCGAGCAGAGAGUUUCGGCCCGAUAUCACGUAAACAAAAAUCAAGUGAUCACAUGGAGGAGUCAAACAGAGGAAUCUUCUAGUCGUCACGAGUCUAUAAAAUACGCCGUCACGUUAUUCACACAUCAUUCUUCUCGUUCGCUACCAAAAUUCGAUAAACUUGCUCAGAAAGUUAGAUCGAGGAAUGAAUAUGGCCGGAAAAUUGAUGAAGGCUGUUUGGUACAAUUCGUAUGGAGGAGGUUCUGCUGGUUUGAAGCAUGUUGAGAUCCCCAUUCCUUCCCCUGGAGUUAAUGAGAUUCUGCUGAAAAUAGAAGCAGCAAGCAUAAAUCCAAUCGACUGGAAAAUUCAGAAAGGCAUGGUUCGCCCUUUCUUGCCCAAAAAGUUUCCUGUCAUACCAGCUGGUGAUGUAGCGGGAGAGAUUGUGGAAGUUGGAUCUGGAGUCAAAAAAUUUAAAGCUGGUGACAAAAUCGUUUCCACCCUUGGGGCUGCAGGUGGGGGGUUCGCAGAGUAUGCCGUGGCUAAGGAGAAUUUAACGGUUUCUAGACCGCCAGAGGUCUCGGCUGCAGACGGUGCGAGUCUAGUCAUCGCAGGGUGCACCGCUCUUCACGCCCUAACCAUAACCGGCGGUAUAAACCUAGUCAAAAUCCAACCGCGCUCAAACAUCCUCAUAACCGCCGCUUCAGGCGGUGUGGGCCACUACGCGGUCCAACUAGCAAAACUAGGAAACACACACGACUCCAGAAGCCCAAAUGGGAAAGUGAUUGAUUUGACACCUAGUGGUGGUGCGUUUUGGACUUAUGCUGUGAAGAAAAUUACGUUUUCAAAGAAGCAACUACAGCCGUUGCUUGUGGUUCCAAAAGCUGAACAGAUUGAGUGCCUUUUGAAUUAUGUGAAAGAAGGGAAAUUGAAAACUGUUAUUGAUUCGAGGUAUCCGUUAAGUAGGGCUGAAGAGGCUUGGGAGAAGAGUAUUGAAGGACAUGCGACGGGGAAAGUGGUUGUGGAGCCCUAA